GAUGUGCUGUACAUUGAAACUCUGAUAUUCCAGGGUGUAGCAACAUCGUCAAGCUAUUUUUCUCUGCCGAAAUUUCCACCAUCGGACAAUUUUUCAGACCGGUGCAUGAAUGCAGUCGUAAAAGGAUACACUCAGGAAGAUGUUGCAAGGUGCAAUGGCGGGAAAUAAAAGCCGCAAUAAGAACUUGAAAGGUUUGACGCUGAUGGUCGACCCGAGCACAAUUACAGAAAACAACGGCUCAACGCACGGUAGUGGCAGUUCUGAGAAAAACAACACAUCUGAGAGUGUCGCUGCGCUAGCCAAGAAACUGGACGAGCUCGAGUUGGACGAUCAACAGCGACAGAGGCUCGAAUCAUUUCUUACGCAAAAAGCAAAACUAGCUCAACUUGGGGAAUUAAACGGUGACGAUUUCAUGAAACUUGAAGAACUUGGUCAAGGAAAUGGCGGUGUUGUGACCAAGGUAUCCCAUAAGCCGAGUGGCCUGAUUAUGGCUCGCAAGUUAAUCAGACUUGAAAUAAAGCCAGCAAUCCGUAACCAGAUAAUUCGAGAGCUGAAAGUUUUGCAUGACUGCAACUCUCCAUACAUCGUGGGCUUUUAUGGGGCAUUCUAUAGCGAUGGUGAGAUUAGUAUCUGUAUGGAAUAUAUGGAUGGUGGGUCAUUAGAUGUUAUUUUAAAGAAAGCUCAAAGAAUACCGGAAAAAAUUCUUGGAAAAAUUACUAUUGCGGUUCUUAAGGGGCUAUCUUACUUGAGAGAAAAGCACCAGAUAAUGCACAGGGAUGUAAAACCAUCAAACAUUUUGGUGAAUUCAAGGGGUGAGAUUAAAAUGUGCGAUUUUGGUGUCAGCGGCCAAUUGAUAGACUCAAUGGCCAAUUCGUUUGUAGGAACCAGAUCGUAUAUGUCACCGGAAAGACUACAAGGCACCCAUUACUCGGUGCAGUCAGAUAUCUGGAGUAUGGGACUAUCAUUGGUAGAAAUGUCAAUAGGUCGAUAUCCGGUCCCACCUCCUGAUAAGAAAGAAAUGGCCAAAAUAUUUGGUCUUCCACAAGAAGAAGACAGUAUAACACGUACCCCAAUCUCAAGACCAAUGAGCGGCAUGGGACUUGGGAGUAGUUUUGGGAGCGAUGGACCACGCCCUAUGGCAAUAUUUGAACUACUUGAAUAUAUUGUAAAUGAGCCUCCACCGAGGUUACCCAGUAAGGUAUUUUCUGAAGAAUUUAUAGAUUUUGUUAAUCAAUGUUUGAUAAAGAAUCCAUCAGAUAGAGCUGAUCUUAAGUUUUUAAUGAACCAUCGGUUUAUUAGGAAAUCAGAGGCCGAAGAUGUGGACUUUGCAUCAUGGGUUUGUGAAACAAAUGAUCUACAUUCACUAACCCCAACUCAGACAGCUGUGUAAAACCAAGCUGAUGGGUUUGAAUUCUACGUCACCAUUAAGGAGGGUCUCUACAACAGGAUGAGCGACCACUCGCUUAUCAGUCGGACAGCUGAAAUAUCUAUUAUUAACCUUCAAUCACUGUUUCCAAUUAAGAACAUAACCAUUUUGAAGAGAAAAAAAAUGAAACUGCCACCUGUUGCGUCUAAAUUGAUUUUUUUUUUAAAUCAAACUAUCGCAUAAUUUUUUGACCAUUACUGAUGUGUUGCAUGUAGUGGGCCUCCUUAAUACAAUAUAGAAAUGUAUAUAAACGACGCAUGUUUCAUCAAAUGGAGAUUGUAUAUGAAUGAAUACACGUGAUAUUUAGUGUACA